CAAACAAAUCUCCAAAAGUGGGGUUAAUUGUAGUUGAUUAUUUAUUUACCUGUGGUAAAAUGUAAAUAUUCAGUCCAUUGGGCCCACUUUUGCCAGCGAGCGAUGAGUUUGAACCCGCACAAAACGCCCUGGAUGUCUUGGGUGCGCAUGUUCGAUAUUCCGGAAGUUAGCAGGCACAAGGAUGGUUUCACUAUUUACAGGAUCAUUUCCUUUUUUUAUCCAGAGUCCUGUCCGGAUGCGGUAACAAAGCUGAUAGUCUGGAAGCGAUACAACGACUUGAAAAGUCUGCAUAAGGAAAUGAGGGUGUUGCACAAGAAACUGCACAUCCAGGAUGAGUUUCCAGCCUUGCCAAAGUCGGGGCUGUUUAAAAGGUUUGACGAAGAGACUGUUAACCAAAGAAAAAGGGGCAUUUUGGGGUUUUUAGAGUACAUUGGCACCCACUCGGUGCUGUUUACUUCGACUGUUUUUGUCAAGUUUUUCGAGACAAGUCACGCUCCAUCGGAUUUACUUAACAGCAACAUUAGUGCAAUAAGGGCCAAUUUGCAUCUACCUGAGGAAUCCUUCGAGUCGGAUGAAGACCAGAACAUCAGCGACACAGACUCAUUUACCAGCAGUAAUCUGGGCUCAACCUCACAGGCAAUUGAUCAAAUGUCCGAUUCCAUUGCAAAGAGCGGCGCCAGCAACUUGAAGAAACUGAACUCCAUGACCUCAAUCGAUUCGCAGUCUUCAAAAACAUCUGAAACCGUCAGUGUUUCCAACAUGGAUGGUUGCUUGAUGCUUCUAGACACCAGCGGGCAAUCGGACGAAUUUACCCAGUACCUGAUGAAUGCCUGCAUGCACAUCAACAUGGCGAUAGAGCUGGAGAAUGAACGGCAGUAUGAAGAAGCCUUUUCCGCUUACAAGAUUGCAGUGGAUAUUUUGAUUAGUGGAGGCAAAGAUGAUCCCAACUACGACAGGAGGCGAAUGGUGCGGUACAGGACUGAAAAGUACUUGAUCAGGGCUGAGAAGAUCUUCAACAUGCACCUGGCGCCUGAAGUGAAGGAACUUAACCUGCAGGUAAAGGGCGAGCCAUUGGCCAAGCCCCUUGUGCUAAAGGGCCCACUGUACAACCUCUACAAGUACAAAGUCAUUAAAAUAGUUUCCUCAUCGGGGAUGUUGGCGUUGCAUUGCGAACUGCAACAGCUCUUCUUCAUUAAGGUUAUACAUAAAACUGUGCAAUUCAGUCGAGAUUUGAUACUGCCGGAAAACGUGCCUUAUAUGGUCAAGCUAAUCAGCCACUGCAGCAGCGACAACGCAAUUUACCUGAUUCUGGAAUACUGCAGUGGCACCAACUUGCGGGAUAUUCUGGAAAAGAAGUCGCCCCUCGACCAGGAGGAUCAGAUUCUUAGGAAGAUCCAGGAUCAAUCCGACGAUGAAUCGGAAAUGAGCUUCUCGGAGCUGCUGAGCGCGUAUGCGUCCAACAGACGCGCGGAAAGCAAUCCCGAAGACUUCGAGAUCAUUGAUCAAUUGCCCCCUGGCAAUAUUCUGGAUCAACCGCUUGAGGAAACAGGGGUUUCCGUCCAGAUUGACGGAGGUGUGAGCGAAGCUUCCAGCUUAACCGAGGAGAGAAUUGCCAAGUGGGCAGGCCAGCUUCUGCUCGCUUUGAACAAGCUCCAUUCUCUUGGAGUGACUUGCAGAGAUCUGCAAAUGGACAACUUACUAAUAGACCAAUCGGACAAUCUGGUGCUCACUUACAUGUGCAAUGUUAAAGAGCUUUGCCAGUUGUACUCCAGCGGGAUUAAUCUGGAUUUGGCUCCGGAAGUUUACAGCUUUGAGGAAGUGACCGAGGCAGUGGAUUGGUGGAGCUUCGGCGCGAUUCUCUACGAGCUCUUGGUUGGAAUGCCCUUAAGCCGAGUGCAUGCGAGAGGGCUGAGCAGUUACACCCACUUAAUCAUCCCCAAGUAUGUUUCAAUUGAGGGAAAGUCCCUAUUGAAGCAGCUGCUGAUUUUUGAGCCCGAAGAGCGCCUGGGUGCGAAAUCCAAUGGCGUUUUGCACUUGAAAUCCCACCCGUUUUUCCGAACGGUUUCAUGGAGCACAUUAGAGCGGACGUCCCCUAGUUGACCUGAUGGAUGCAUUUAUCUUGUGAUAUUAUUUAUUCCCGUAGGAUAAGCUAAAAAUAACUAGUAUUAUAUACAGUUCGUUGCAUUUAUAUUGGUUGGAAUGGAAUAUAAGGAGUUUCAGUUAAGUCAAAAA